ACAAAAACAUUGACGGCGUUGUUAUGGCGGCGUACGGACUCAGUUUUGAGAGUGCAAGUAGCAUCGAUGAAAGGAAAGAAAAGAAACGACAGGCACGACAAGAGGCUCUAGAGAAGGCCAAGCAGCAGUAUGACAAGGAACAGAGGAGGAAGGAGCUGAAAAGGCAGAGAGGGGAGGACACUUGGAUGCUCCCUGAGGUCAACGAGAGGCUGCAGCAGAUAGAAGACGAGGGUUCUGUCAAGGGCAAAAAGAAGAAAGAGAAGAAAUCAAAAAAGAAAAAAGAGAAGAAGAAGGCCAAGAAAGAGAAGAAGGCGGCAGAAACAGCAGAUGGCUCAAGUGACAGUUCACAGGACUCUGAAGAUGAGUGGGUUGAGCUUCAGCCUCAGACACAGACUAAAGCCUGGCAAGUUCCCAGUGAGUCCAAACCUUCAGAGAGCGACGUCAGCCCGACACAGAAUGUCCAGAGAGACGAAUGGAUGACUUUUGACUUCCUGGCAAUGAAAACUACAUCCACCGCUGAUAGAAGGGCUGAGAAAGAACGUCAGAAAGAGGAAGAGAGAGCCAAGGCUCAGGCCAUUGAACAGGCUGGUUUGCACAAAUUAGAGCUAAACCCAUACUGGAAAGAUGGAGGAACUGGACUGCCCCCAGAGGAGAUGACUGGUUCUGCAGCAAACAAAGGCCCAGUAGUGAAUGAUGGUGGUCUGAGCUGGCUGAGGAAAAGCUACCAGAGGAUGAAGGAGCAGGCAGAGAGGGAACAGCGCAGCAUCAGUGAUGUGGUGGCUGAGAGAUACGGAUCAAUGGAAGAAUUUCAGCAGAGACUUGCUGAGGCUGAAGAAGCUAUGUACGGCCAGAAGAAAAGAGAAGGAGAUGACACAAGCAGAGGCAGGUGGAGGAAAGGAGAAGAGGAGUACAGGGAGAGGUGGAGGAGAAAGGAUGAGGAUGGGGAAGACAGAGAUCGGUGGAGAAAAAAUGAAAGGGACAAGGAAUCGUCAUCGGAAAGCCGAGAAAGAUACCAAGGUGGAAGGGGAGGGGAGAGGGAACGGUAUAGAGGAAGAGAGGAGGAGCGGGGUCGAGAUGGAGACAGGUAUAGAGAAAAUGAAAAGGAUAGAGAAAGAAACAGAAACAGGGAUAGAGAGAGAGACAGAGAAGGAGAGAGGGACAGGGAUAGAGGACGAGGCAGAGAGAAAGAUGGGGAUAGGUGUAGGGAUGGAGAGAGAGAAAAAGAUAGGACCGAUGCAGCAGCAUCAUCUUCUGGGCAAAGCUGGAAUCAACGCUCCCUCGCGCUUGGAUCCUUGCAAGGCCGCUUCCUCAAACCCUCAGAAAAUGAUGACAGUGGUGAAACUCCUCAGCGUCUUCCUCCUCCUGCACGACCGUCCAGAGGGUUCCUGAAACCCAGCUCUGAUGAUGAAGACUCUGGGCCACAAACCAGCAGAGCUCCAGCCUGGAUGAAGAGCAGCAGUCCUGCCUGUGAAUCUGACACCUCUGAUAAACCACAACAGGAAAACAAGAGAGAUGCUGAGAAAACUGUAACUGCUCCUCAACCUGCUGCACCACCAAGGGCUGAGAGCGAAAGCGAGGAAGAAGAGGAGGAGGAAGAGGUUCCACUGUUGUCAGAGGAGGAGCUGAACAAACUAGGGUCCAAGCUAAUAAAGGCAGAGAUCAUGGGCAAUACGGCCGUCAUUGAGAAGCUGAAAUCACAACUGGAAGCAGCUCAUAAAGCCAAGGAGAAACAUGCUGCCAGGAAGAAGCUACAAGAAGCAGCCAAAUCAAACCAGGCCUCAGAUGGGACCAGUGAAGACCGGGAAAUCCUGCUGUUCAGAACAGAUGAGUCAGGUCGGGCCUGGCCUGUCAAUGCCCCGUCUGGACCUCAGGAACCACACGGAGGACGGCGAAAGAAGAAACCGAUGGAGACGCAUGUUGAUGGCGAGCGUGUCCGUUACUUCCAAGACGAUGACAAUGUCGGUCUAAAGGAGAUGGUGAGAAGGGAGAAGAUGAGCUCUGCGCAGGAUCAGAAUGCCCUGUACUCUCGUAUGGCUGCCAAGAUGAUGGGGAAGACGGAUGGCGACAACUACACGCUGGACGACAUGUUUGUGUCGAGCGCAGCGCAGCGGGAGGGUGAGGGGAGGGAGGAGGAGAGGAUGAGGAACAGAGCCAUCGGGGAGAGUAGGAGGCUGGCUGCCUCCAUGGAGAAAUGCCAGCACUGUUUCAGCAGCAAAGAGCUCCAGAAACACCUUAUAGUGGCGAUAGGAAGCAAGGUGUACCUAAGCCUGCCCGCAGGAGUGUCGAUGACAGAGGGCCACUGUCUCAUCUGUCCACUCCAGCAUCACUGCUCUGCCACCAGCAUGGAUGAGGAUAUAUGGUCAGAAAUGCAGCUGUUCCGACGUACUUUGGUGCGGAUGUUCGAGGCCCAGGAGCUGGACUGUGUGUUCAUGGAAACGCACAUGAACCCCCGCAGGAGACAGCACAUGGUGUUAGAGUGUAUCCCACUACCCAAAGAGCUGGGAGAUAUGGCACCCAUAUACUUUAAGAAAGCUAUCAUGGAGUGUGAUGAGGAAUGGGCCAUGAACAAGAAGGUUGUCGACCUCUCUUCGAAAAGCAUUCGGCAAGCUGUUCCUCGGAGUCUGCCAUACUUUGCCGUAGACUUUGGACUCCAGGGGGGCUUCGCUCAUGUCAUUGAAAACGAACAGAAGUUCCCUCAUUACUUUGGCAAGGAAGUUGUAGGAGGCAUGCUGGACUUGGAGCCUCGACGUUGGAGAAAGAUGAUUAAAGAAAACUUUGAUGACCAGAGGAAGAAAGUGUUACAGUUUGCACAGUGGUGGAAACCGUAUGACUGUACCAAGACUCAGGGCUAGAAAAAUUCUAGUUUUUUGUUUUGUUGUACUUCUUACACAAACCGUCAUGUGCUUCCCAGUGCAGGGAUCGCAUUUGAUGAACCUGGUGUAGAGUCCCAAUUUGGAAUUUGACAUAAAUGUGCUACUAGCAAUGCUACCAUGAGAUAAUUUUUACUGAAAUAAAAAUAAAAGGAAAAGUGCAGAAAUGUAUAAAUGUGUUUCAGUUACAUAUGUUUGCAUAAUAAAUGAAUUUUGUCACUACAUAUAUGCAGUGGAUAGUAAGUGUUAAAAUGUUAAAAUAACAGUUUUUUGUGAUUGCAAUAAAUCAUUUCAAAACUUUUCCCACCUUUAAUGUGACCUCUAACCUGCACAAUUAAAUUUAGUUUACGCCCGGGACGUUCCAGAACUGAUUGGUAUUUCUUUAUAAUUUUUUAGGGUCUUAUAAUAUAAAGUGGUUGAAAUGACAGCAUGAUACUGCCGCCGCCAUGCUUUACCAUAGGUAUGGUGUUCUUUUAGUGUUGCUUUUGUGCAACACCAAAACAUAUCUUUUGGCACAAGUUUCCCACAUGCUUCCGGGAAACUUAAUUGUUUUUUUCGGGGAGGUUUGUUUUUGCAAAUUGUAGCUGUGCUUGAUUUGUUUUUUUUUUUCUUUUUUGUUUUUCUUUAGUCCGUCUUGCAAUCCUACCUUAAACUCCAAACAUAUGGAGAAUAUGGGAGUUUGUCAUUCCAAGGAGUACACAACCAGCACACAACCAGUGCUGUAGACGUCUUGGCAGCCUCCCUGACUAGUUUUCAUCUUGUCUUUUCAUCAGUUUUGCGGGGACAUUCAAUUCUUUGCAAUGUCACUGUUGUCCCAAAAUCUUUGGAAAGAAAGCUGAAGAUGAAGAGGAAUUUAACCUUUCAACACGACAGUGACUGCAAGCAUAUGUCCAAAUCAACAAAAGAGUGGUACAAGAGAUGCCCUUGCAAUGCUUUUGCAAUGACAAGCGGCCAAAUACUGCCAUGCAGACUACUACUGAAUGCUGUGAUUAAAUCAAAAGGUGCAUUAGUUUUGAUGCGUGUGCACAGUUGUGCAACCAGCUUACAUUUUUAUUUUUGUGUUUUUACUCAGAUUUGUUCUUUGUAGUUGAAUUGUGCAGGUUAUAGGUCACAUUAAAGGUGGGCAAAGCUUUGAAAUGAUUCACUGUGGUCUGAUUAUUUAACAUCACAAAAACCUGGCCCUUUAAUUGUACAGUGGAUAUAAAAUUAAAGCCCUUGUCUCUA